GCCUCCUUAAAUUUUGAGCCCUAGGCACCGCCCUUGCCCGCCACACUCCUGGCACUGCCUCCACCCACUGGACGCCAGUAGCACUCUCCCAGCUGUGACAGCCAAACAAGUCUCCAGAUAGUGCCAGACAUCCCCUGGAAAACACAAGAGCCCAGGUUAAGAGCCACUGCAGUCUCACUGGAAUAACUCAGUAUAUUUCUCUUUCAGUUGUAAAAUGCCAAGAGGAGCCAGCAGCAGUGUGAUGGGAUUCAUCUGAAAGGAGUCAAUCUUAAGAUGUGAUGCUUUCCUGUGAAACCUCAGACACGGGAAUCUUGGAAACCAAAGGACCGGAGGACUCUGCCAACAGAGCUGCCGUGCAUUGAGGAAAGGCAGGUUUAGGGAGACUGUCCUACUUUGAGGUCCAGACUGUAAGAGCAGAAUUUUUACAAAGGACAGAGAGGCAAUGGACAAGACUGGAAACCAAGCUGAGUCCCUGGGACCCAGAGCCAAGGAAGAAUGAAGCAGAGGAUAAUCCAGCAUCUGUUCUACCUCUCUUCCUUUGCAUUGCCCUCAAAUACCACACUUCAAGCAGUAGUGACGAGACUUUUCGAUACCACGUGUAAUCCAAAGAAAUCUGUCCACGUGGGCAUCUGCCAACAGGUUACUUGAAUUUCAAAUAGGGGAGCAGCAAUGCCACCAGCAGCAAGUUCCCCACCACUACAUCCACCUCCUGAUGGAGGAUGGGGCUGGGUAGUGGUUGGAGCAGCUUUUAUCUCCAUUGGAUUUUCAUAUGCAUUUCCCAAAGCCGUCACAGUAUUCUUCAAAGAAAUUCAGCAAAUAUUCAACACUACCUACAGUGAAAUAGCAUGGAUAUCCUCCAUUAUGCUGGCUGUUAUGUAUGCAGGAGGUCCUAUAAGCAGUGUCCUGGUGAAUAACUACGGCAGCCGGCCCGUGGUGAUGGCAGGAGGCUUGCUGUGCUGUCUGGGAAUGGUCUCGGCCUCUUUCAGUACCAACGUGGUACAACUUUACAUCACCAUGGGAUUCAUUUGCGGUUUAGGUCUGGCCUUCAACCUGCAACCUGCCUUAACAAUCAUCGGCAAAUACUUCUACAAGAAACGGCCGACGGCGAAUGGCCUGGCCAUGGCAGGAAGUCCUGUUUUCUUAAGCACGCUGGCUCCCUUCAACCAGUUCCUCUUUAAUACUUACGGCUGGAAAGGAAGCUUCUUGAUUUUGGGAGGUAUACUGUUGAAUGCCUGUGUGGCUGGGUCUCUCAUGAGACCUGUGGGACCCAAACUAACUACAAAGAAGUCUAAAAACAAGGUUGGCAUAAGAGCGACGGAUUUGGGUGAGAAGACGAGACAUAAGAAGAAAUCAACAUGGGAAACAAUUAAUAAGUAUUUAGAUUUCUCCCUUUUUAAGCACAGGGGGUUUCUCAUAUACUUAUCUGGAAAUGUCAUCAUGUUCCUGGGGUUCUUUGCCCCCAUUAUAUUCUUGGCUCCGUACGCCAAAGACAAAGGAAUUGACGAGUAUUCCGCUGCCUUCUUGCUGUCUGUUAUGGCUUUUGUUGAUAUGUUUGCCAGACCUUCUGUAGGAUUCAUUGCCAACUCCAGAUUCAUCCGACCCCGAAUCCAGUACUUCUUCAGUUUUGCAGUGAUGUUCAACGGCGUGUGUCAUCUCUUGUGCCCACUGGCUGACGACUACCCUAGCCUGGUGGUCUACGCUGUGUUUUUUGGCCUCGGAUUUGGGAGUGUUAGCAGUGUCCUCUUUGAGACGCUCAUGGACCUGGUCGGUGCUCAGAGGUUUUCCAGCGCUGUGGGGCUCGUCACAAUUGUGGAGUGUUGCCCAGUUCUUCUUGGCCCUCCUCUUGCUGGUAAAUUGGUGGAUGAAACCGGCCAAUAUAAAUAUAUGUAUAUGGUCUGUGGAGCUAUUGUGUUCACAUCCAGUGUGUGGCUGCUCAUUGGCAAUGCUAUCAACUACAGACUGCUCGCCAAGGAAAAGAGGUUGGAGGACGCACAUAAGCCUGAGUUCCAAGAAUCGAAACCCUUGAGCACAUCAAAAAGUCAUGAUGAUGUCACAAGUUUCAGAAGUCUGAGAUCAGGGGUUAAUCCCUUAGAAUCUGAACCCUUGAACACUUCGAAAAAUCAUGAUACUAGUGGCGAAGAUCUGGGAUCAGAGGUUAAUCCCUCAGAAAGAGAAACUAAUAUUUAACCAGAAUUACAUCUCUGAUUUCAGGGUUUAUGACUUUCAUAGGCAUAUUUUAUUUUCAAAGUAUUGGAAGCUUUUAGUUGAAAUGAAGAGUCAUAAUUAAGGAUGGAGAUGAGAUUUUCCUUAAUGGCAAAUUUUAAAUGUUUGCUUUUUAAAACUUAUUUGGGCGGUUAAAUUUUGAGAUUAUGUAUAUAAAGAAUUCAUGCAAUGGGUUUAUUUCCAUACAUGACUCUAGUUGUGGUAGUUAAAAUAAUUUUAAAGUCUUCCAGUGACUUCCAGUCUUGGUUAUAGAGAUCUGAAUCCCAAACCCCUGGUUUAAGUAGUUGGAAGGAGUAUGUUUAAUCCUUUAAGAAUACCCUCACCACAUUUCAUUUUUCAUUUGAUGUUAAAGUGUGAAAUGGAAUGAAAUGAAUUGUUCCCAAACAUGCUCACACACACAGUCUUUCACACACUUAAGAACAAGCACACCGGGUAUCUGGAGCAAAAAAACAAGUUCAAAAAGAAUAUUAUCACUUUUUUUUUUUUAACUUAAAAAAAAAUCCAUGGAGAAUAAAGAAUUUGCAUACUACUUUACAGUGUGGAUUUUAAAGAUAAAGAUUAUAAAGUGAAAAUGAGGGUGAUCUUAAUUUGAAAAAGCAGCUAACUGCUAUUAAAAAAAGGCAUUUGCAUAUGUGAAAUAAAUUUGGAAAAAAAACCCUCCAUUUUAAACCAUUAUUUCUGAGCACUGUCAGAUUUGAUUCAUGCAUGCACAUGAUUUCUUUGAAGGGGGCCAUGCAUACCUGGUGCUAGCAAAUAGAACCCUCAAAUAAUUUGCAGUAUUUACUAAUACGUAAAUCAAAUUAAAAGCCAAAAUGACCCUAGGAAUGAGCUAUGUCCAUUGAUUUUUGACAGGAUUUUAGUAAUUCAGAAAGUAAUAAUCAGGGAUUUCUUUUCAUCAGACUCAAUCCAGACUCACGACCAUAACUCAAUCCAGACUCACGACCAUACUGAGACAUCAAAGUGGAAUCAACUGGAAUCCUGAUAGCUAGGCUUACAAAUGGGCAGCACCCAACAUACAGUGGUGAUCAGGGGGCUACUGUUAGGAGUAAUCCAGCUGAGUAAACGAAGAGUGGGAGCCCUCCAGGGGCUCGCAUUUCCCUCCCCUCCCCAACAUGCAAAAGCAAAACCGGAGAUCAAAGCAGGCUUUUAACUCAGCCACCGAAGAUGUCUCCUAUUAUCAGAAGGGUAGCACUUGAAAAUCCCGCCCUCGGCUGAUGCCUGAUUAGGCUUCCCGCUGCCUGUGAACAUAACUAAACCGGGAGACAAAAAAGCCUGCUAGCACUGGAGGUUGUGUGUGCCUCAACAGUUACUUGGGAAGUGCAGGUUAUAGUUUAUAACUGGAUAGAAAGAAGCUUGCAAUAUUGCAACCCAGGUUAACGUUAGCAGUUUCUCAAUUUUCAUAACUGUAAAAACACUGGGACUCUGACUCGCUCUUGAAUACAGAGGCAUAGGAUAGAUUUGUGCAUUCGGAACUAUAAAUACCAUUUUGAGUGAUAAAGGACUUUUAAAUAAGAAAGAAUGUACGCAUUAGAUCUAAAGUUAUAUUUCCAUCUCUAAUUCUGAAGUUGAAAUGAGAUCGUGAUGAAUAAAAAAGCAUUUAGUGCUUGAUGAUUGAAGUAAUGUCAUUCUUAAGAUAUCAAAAGGAAUUCUCUCUUCCUUUUUAUUAGUAUUAUUAUUGCAGUAGAGGCAGGUGCCAUUCUUUAUUUGCUUUAAAAAUGCCCUUGGAUACCAGGCUUUUUUGAGAGUUAACAUUAAGGAUUUGAUGUGUAAAAUUCUGGCCCUGUUUAAGCAUGAAGCUCACAUUUAGCGAGCUAGAUAAAAUUCCAUAUUUCAUUUGACAUUCACUUUUUUUUUUGCAUAGAAAGAGGUAUUUGUAUUUUUAAGCUGUUAACUAAAACAGUAUGUGCCAAUACCAUGGGUAAAUAAAUCAGGGAAAAUGUGACAGUAUAUAGCUGUUUUUAAUUUAUUUUCAUCCAGUCUUGAGUCUUGUAUGAGCUAUUUUCAUAUUAUUAGCACUUUUGUACUCAGCUCUGACUUGUCAUAGGACAUGUGACAUCAUAAACUGUGUAGUAACUUUCCAAUCUGAAAUAUUUCCACAAAAUGACUUAAAUUCUCAGAAGGUACAUAUUUAAAUUAUUAUAGAUAAUAGACUCCCCACUCCAGGCAAGUCAUGAUCUAGCCUUGGGUUUUAGCCCUAAGGCGACAGUCCUUUUUGUCGCCUCCUGGUGGGUGCCUUCCAGUGGCUUUCUCCUUGGAAGGAGGUUCAUUUACUUACUGAUGAGGUUUUUGUCAAGUCAAAACCAAGUUGUAUUUGUUCUGUUGUUCUUCGGUCAUCUUUAACUUUUCAUUUCUGACACCGAUUAAGUUAAAUUGCUAAAAAAAGAAAGGGGAGUAAAAUUGCACAUUCAAAGCACAUGACAUGAUGUAUGUAUCCAGUCGUGCCUGGCAGCAGCACUGCACAGAGUUACAGAUAUGCACACAUCUUAAUUCCUGUGCGUGAACAUUGAAAAUUAAAUCAGAACACACUUGAAAGAGUGAUGUAAACUCACACACAGGAUUCAGAAUUGUUUCAGGGUCAAAUAAAUGUGUCAAGUCGUUUACUCUCCCAAAUCCCUUGAACUUGUUAGAAUAUUUGUUCCUCCGACAGAAUCUUUCAAAGAGUGAGAAGAGACGAUCAACCUCGAACAUUUAUUAUUAUAAAGUUGCAUAAGAGGAGGAGAUACAGUUGGCUUCCAUGUCAGCAACAAUUAGUGCAGAAUUUAUUUCUUCCCCCAGAGAAUGACACGGUUUAGACGUUCACGAUAUCAUGAAGCAGAGUCAGAGAGCACGAUGACCCCUUGUCGUCCAUUCUCUCAUGGGCUUGUGCAGGAGGAAGGCUAUCAUAAACCAGGGUACCAAAACGAUUCAUGACCACUGGCUGGUUUAAGUAUUUUUUCAUUUGUGAUAACAAGACACCUCAUAUUUUUCACUGUUUAAUCUUAAAUAUGCCUUUACUAAUUUGUGGAUGGAAUACGGGUCUUAGACAUGCCCUGACACAUCACCAUCCUUUCCUGAUCCUUUUAGGAGCCAAUCAGAACACAUUUAAGGGACAGUGGGUCAUACUGGUGUCCUUCAUGUUGGAAGACGAUGUUUUCUCAGUGUAAAUUCACAUUGCUUGUGAAUUUCACUUCUUUAGUAUCGAGUUCUAACCACCUGAUCUCCUGGCUCUCCCCAGGACGCUAGGUAAUAAGUAAAAUACUUCGGUUUGAUAUAUUUGAAUAUGCACUUUAAAAAUCUAGGUAUUUUUUUACUUAUCCUUCUCUGGCUAUACAUGGCAACUGAGGAUACAGGAAAAAGACCAUAAGAUGUAUGAUGUAACUGUUUUUAUAUUGAUAUAUUUCGUAUUGAUGUUAUAAAAUGCAGAGAAACAAUCAGUUAGUUGAAACUUAUUUUCCAUCCAAAAAUACCUUUUAAAAAAAAAUCUUAACAUGUUGCGGGCUUUUAAUAAAACAAAAUAAACAGUCAUGAUUGCUAGGCUCAGUUUAAUAGGGAAAGGAAACGAAUCUUUAUGUGUCCUGCAUUUUGCCUGCGAAGUACCUUUUAAUAUUCAAGCCUAAUCAGAAGUGGAGGCUGUUGGCCUGGUGGAAUAAAUAGGUGAAACAAAACAAGGAAGUUCAGCAAAUUACCCAAAGUUAAAACGUAGUAUGUGACAGAACACAGAACCAGAACUAAAACUCAGGUUUAUCUAAAACUAGAAAGAGCCCCUAGGGUGUUCACUGCCACGCUGUCACCCCAUAGAAGCUAGAGAUACAAAGAUAGACAAAAUACAGAUGCAAAAAAAAAUUAAACCUUAUGUGAUGAACCAAUUAGCUUUAACUGCAAUUUGUAUUAUGAUUUAUUGAGUGUUUAUUAGAGACUGUGUUUGCUAUAACCUGAAUAUGUAAUUUCAAAUUGCCUGCCUUUCUAACCAAAGCAAAUUAUCCCCAACGAUGGUUAACGAUUGUAUAGUAGCCAUAAUUGCUUGUGACUUUUUUUGUAAAAAUAAUGACAUUUAUAUGGCUCAAGCACAAUAUAUUUUCCCUGAAGUUGGAUUCAGAAGAAAAAUGCUAUUUUCUUUAUGGACAAGUAAUUCCCAUAUUAGUUGCUACUUAUUAUGACUCAAAAAUUAAAUGUACUUACUGUGAAACAUUAUAUUCAGAAUUAUAGUGAUUCCCACUUACAGGUUCAUCCCAAGCUACCAAAAACUUGUAAAAGGUUUAGGAGGUACAAAUAAUUCGGCUCAUCGAUACAGUAUAUAUUUACUUUCAUCACUUACUGCAACUGUUCCUACACCGUAACUGAUUUUUCAAGUGUCCCUGAACAUUGUCAUUCUCCUUCUGGCCCGUUGUUCUGCAGCGAGAACGAGUGCAUUGCUUUUGUCCUCUCCACCUAAACUUUUGACAUCCUUGGAACACUGUUCUCCUUAACGCUAUCUCAGAUGGUGCACUUCCAGUGUCUUACAUCUUGCACAAAGUCACUCAUACCGCACCUGGCCUUGUUUGUUUGAUUUGCAGGAAUGGCCACGUUCCUGGGGUCGGCAGUGUCUGCUUUUGGCUGUAACCACUCAUGUUCACAAAUAGGGGAACUCGUGUGACUGUAGGCUUGAGGUUUCCGGGAUAAGGAAGGUGCUUAUGUUCUAGAUAAUUUUUCUGUUACUAUGACUUUUCCUUAGGCAUGAUAAAUAGGUAAUUGAAUAUGACUUUUAAGAAUCUAGAAAAUUAGAUUGUUCUGUCCUUGACACUAUUCAGGAUGUUUCUAAUUUUCUCAAAGUGCCUGGAACUUUGAGAAACACAGCUUACCGUCACAGCAUGCCAUCAUUACAUACCGUCCUGUAGGCUCUUCCAGUGCAGUGACAUCACUGACACAUCAUACCGUUACCAAGUAGAUUCCUAACUGUAACAACUCACAGUACCAAAGAGCAUCAAAAUCGUUGCGAUAAAAAUUGAGAUUACAAGCUUUAUUUUAUUCAUCUCACUUAUUUUUUAGGUUUUGAGUCCUACAUAUUUACGGGCAUAAUCUCAUGUUUGAGCAAUGCACUUAAAAGCUGAAAAGCCCCAAUUGUUGGUAAUUAUAAUGCUUGUAUAAUCAAAAUCACAAACUAUCUUUGUUGAUAUUUUAUAAAAAAUCAAUAAUUUGCUGAGUUCACAUUUUUGGUAGUUCUGACUUUCUCUUCUUUGUUAACAAAUUGUACACCAGGUUGUAACACUUUACAAGGUCCUGUGGUCUGGUUUUCUCAGUCUUCUGCUUUGCCUUCACUUUAUUUCACAAUUAUGUGCAGUUCACGGAAGAAUUAUCAUCACAAUGAGAAUCAUAAUUUUAGGUCUCGACCUUAAGAGGAAAAGUAAUAUUGCAAAAAUAAUUUUAUUUUAACGGAGCAUAUGAAAAUUAUUUUAGAGCAAAUUAUUUCUCCUGUCCCAACCCAUGCUGCCUACCUUCCUCCCCUCCUUUUUCCCUAUAGUUAUUUUCAAAAAUUACCUUUCUUUCAUCUUUUUUCAUAAUGUCUUUAGCAUUUUAUCUAAUUAUGGACUUUUUAGUAUAGCAUUUUGUCUCUUUGGUGGGUUUAAUUAUACUUCUACCUGCAAUGCUCUCCAUGUUUUCCAGUCUUCGUAUAUAUUCAUUAAUAAGGAAAGUAAUGUUCAGGAGAAUUUUAGUAGGUAAGAUUCAGUGAUCAUAAAUUCAUCACCGUAUCAGCAACUGUUUUUCUUCACAUGGUAAAACAAGUUUUUGUUUGUUUGUUUCUUUGUUUUAAAUUCAAAUAUGGCAAAACAGCUCUAUUUGAAAACAGUUACCCAACUUUCUACUAAGACAUAAGUCAGUAAAAAGUUCUUUUAAGAUGAACAAAAGAAUGGAAUGCUUAUCUCGUGUGAAUUUCAGGGUGAAAUUUUCAGACAUAUUCUUCUGAUUAAGCCUUUUUAUUCUGAGUAUUUUGUUGUUGCUUUAUUUUUAUAUGCAUCUAGAAAACAUUUUAGUCUCAGUUUGUAGAGCUUCUUCAUUAGAGUACACAUUUCUGACAUGUUAUUUAAUGGGCUUUAUUUUUCUGGUAAGUGCUUUCUAUGUCUAACUAAAGCAUGAAUAUUUCUGGAUUUAGUGAGAAAGGACAUGCGAACCAGAGUGUUUAUUUUCUAAGCAUUAAAUGCCAUUGUAUUUUGAUUUGUGCUGUAUUUUGGUUUUUAUACAUUUAAGUUAGUUUUGUUAGAUACCUGUAUUUUGAGAGAGUAAGACUAGAACAGGUGAGCGCUUUGCCUAAACAUGUAUUUGUCCUCCGAGUAAAUGCAGAGUUGGAAAUAGAACCAGGUCUUUUAAUUCUUAAUCUAUUUUUUCCCAUUAACCAUCUUGUUUGUAAUGGUGAAUAGAAAGUAAAUCUGUAUUUUUCUGGAAACACAUAUUCUAACCUUACUUGAUAAAUCCUUUAUUUACAAAAUGAAUAUAUUUCUCCUAAUUGAAUCAUACUUUGCAAAAUGCCAUUUAUAAAUUUAAUUUGAGGACUAUUUCCUGAUUCCCACAGCAGAUGAUUCUUAGUGAGCUGGACAAACAACUACAGGGAUGAAGGAUUUUGCACAAUGUGUGUUGCUAUAGCAAUAUGUAAGUCACUAAAAAAACUCACCAAUUUGUUUAUAGAAUCCAUGUGUCAAUAUUCCAUUAAUUCCUUUUUUGCCUACGUUCAUGUUUUAUUCACUUAUUUGUUUUCUAAAAGUAUCAUGCCAGAGCACAGAGGGGGCAAUACAAGUUUGUUAAAUUGUUAACUUGUAUCCAAGAGAUGGUUGCCGUUUGACAGCGCUGAGGAGAGCAGGGCAACUGCAUUUGUUGACUUAACAGUCUGAGGAUGACUAGGAUAAGAUCUAUCUCCAACGUAUUUCUUCUUAAAUGGUCAUUGCACCAUGGAAACAAGUUUGAAACCCCACAGAAGAUUAUAUGAGCCCCUCUGUACCUUAAUGUCCUCACUAUAAACGUCAAGAACUUUAGCUACUUCAUAGGGCGGUAAUGAACAUUAAAAGAAAUUAUACACAUUAAGUGCUUACUACAGUGCUUAACACGAAAAGAAGCACAAAUAAAUGGCCAUCUGCUAGAUUAUAAGCUGCAAAAAAUAAAAGUAAAAAAAUAAAUGGCCAUUUCACCUAGAUGACAAUAGCAAAUUUACAACAGUUAAGACUAGAGUUUCUGUUAUGUGAGAUUCCGUCUACUUCCAGCCCCCAUCUUCUCUAGAUAUUCUUUCUAGAUUUUUCCCUUUUGAUUUCAUUCCAGAAAAAAAAAAAAAAAUCCUAAAUACAAGAUCCCUGGUGAAAGGAAAGAGCGGUCCCUGUGAGGAAUUCACUCUGUGAAAGUGUGAAAACAGUAGUCUGCACUCAAGAUUCGUUGCUUAGUUCAUUAAGGAUAUUUACCCUAAGAACAUACAUGAUAAACGUUUUGAUAAACUGAUGUGUCACAGUAAAAUUUUGCAUGAAUCGGGCCUUAAAACACAUCUGCCGUGAUGUGUUUGGAUUCGGCCACACUGACAUCCGGAUACUCAGCUGGCGCUGGCACCGUGACGGGGGCGGGCCUCAGUCACUGCCGCGAGUGCAUCGACUUAACACAGGGUCCUUUCUUUGCAAUGAUGAUCAAAGUGGGAUUGCACGUUACUUAUAUAUUAUUCAGGUAUAGAAAUUUCUGUGUUGAAGAUGGAAGAGCAGGAUCUUCUCAGACAUUUUCUAAACUUUACAUUUGAUUUGAACUUCUUUAUUUAAAAGCACGUUCCUUCAAUUAUUCUAAACUAGCCAUGUUGAUUAACAUUUCUUAGAAUGAAUAGUUCCUCAUUUUUGAGGAAUUUUUGAAACCAUUUUAUUUAGUAGUUAUAUUCCUUCAACAUAUUUUUUCUUAUCUUUUUAUUACAUUUGGGCAGGUAUUAAAAGUAAGACUAUUGGGGUGAAAGUUUUACCUAAUGACAUGUUUCUAAUAAGACAGACAUUGCACAUUCCUUGGCCUAGCUACACCUAGCUAACUUCUGCAAGAAUUUUUCAGGAUUGCAUUCAGGGGUUAACCUACAGAAUUUUUAAAAAAUACCAAUUACAUCUUAGGCUGUAUUUUUAUGAUUGUUAAGUGAAAAAAUUAAAAUGUGGUUGAUUUGUUGGUUCUGGAGGCAUCUUCGAGACCACAGAGCAGAUGAUCAUACUGUCACAUGGUCUGUCAAUUACUAUGAGAGUGAAUUAAAGAGAAAGGUAGUUUUGCUUGACGCCAAAGGUGACCACCCAGUUGUUUGUAACAUGACCUAAAUCAUGACUGUACAUAUUUCACUUUUCAAAAAAAUCAAUAAGGUAUAAAAAAAUAAUUAAUAUAAAUGACUGUCAAAGUUUAAAACUAGAACCCUCGUCUUGUUGCCUUCUUACAGAUGAAUGUACUUAAAGUAACUAUGAUGAUCUUGGAAUAUAUAUUUAUGUCUGUAAUUUUUGUCUAUAUAAUAGUUCUGAACUGGGCAAAUAAAACCUGGGAAAAAAUUAACCAAAAGUGGUAUGCCAGUUAGCCCAGCACCUCCAUACAAACACAUAUUUGGUUUUUAUCUAAAGAGAGUGUAGAAUUAUUUAAAUCAGAAAUAUAUUAUAUUGUUGAUCAUUUAAAAAAUAUAUUUAGUUCAAUAUGUUCCAACUUCAUUUUUAAGCAAGCUUAUUUGACUACUAAAUCACUUACCACUUAUCUUUUAUUUAUAUUACGGUGUUAUAUGGACAUACUAUGUUAGAAAAAUCUCUAUUGUAAAAAAAAAGUCUCUAUUGUUGUUUCUAAGUUUCACUAUGUAACUAACUUGGAACCAAAUGUUGAAUUACUCUGUGUGGGUAUGUGUUUUGCCUGCAGUUUUUAAUAUAUUUUCAAAUUCAUCUCUCUUUACUAGACUUUGAGCUCCCAGUAGACCAGGACGUUACCUUAGUUAUAAUGACAACUUUAAUGCCUAGCAAGGGGCCAGGCACAGAAUAAUUCCUUUAUUGCAAUGAAUUGAUGGAACUAGAUUAUUAAAUGAAUCCUGCAGGAUUCUAUGAUGCAAGCUGAAUGCAUAUUAGAGGAAUUCUCUGGCUAAUUUUUAAAAAUUUGGAAAACAAACACCUGUAGCAGUUUCUUUAUCUUAUAAUUGAUACUCUGUUUUAUUUUGUUCGUAAACAUUCUAUGCAAGUGUUGAAGUAUACAGCAGCUAAACUUCAUGGAAUAUAUUAACUAGUUUUAUUUUCUUUAUGAAAUCAGAAGUGCUCGUUUUGGCCUCCUGGAAAUCAAUGUUGACAAUCAUUUUAUUAACUAAAGGUGCUACUUAUCUUCCAGUAUUUACCUUGAUCUUUAAGCGCUCCUGUCUGCUGACUUUUCUUUUUUCUUUCUUUCUUUUUUUUGGUGGGGGUGGUGCAGACAGGGAGAAGAGUGCAAAAAAAAUUUUACAUUUUUAUCGGAAUCAUGCAAUUUAGCACUGUAUAUGUUCCUUUGCACUUUAUUAUUAUUGUAUUUUAAUUAUUAUUUCUAAAUGCUUACUAAUUUUUAUUUCAGGCCUAUGCUGUUUCUUAGAAAGUAUAUGCAUAUAUAUUUAUAUAAUAUGUAAUAAAAACCAGUAUUGCUUAAAUUAAAAUUAAAAUGACAAAUAAAUGUUUAUGUUAAAUUUUGAAAUGAAA